GCGCCGCGCUCCGAGCCGAGAUCCUCUGUGUGUGCGUCUGCUCCGCUGUUGCUGCCCUUUGAUCCCUGCAUUAGUGUUAGUUAGGGGCUCGGAGACACACACAUACACAGAGAGCAGCCAUAGUCAAGACACAGCAACAACAACACCAACCACCUCCUCCUCCUGUGAUCCUAUUCCCAACAACACACUCUAAACCGGGGACAGCCAGGUGCACGGCAAGUCCCUGCCAUCAGACACUCGCAUACAAUUUCAAUGGAAAAAAUCCUUUUUUCUUCUUAUCCCUAAACAAGGAGGAGAAUGUGAAAAAAGGGGGGAAAAUGCCCAGGAGGAAGCAGGAGCAACCCAAGCGCCUGCCUUCACAUGUGGACAGAGUUGAGGAGGAAGAAGCCGAAGGAGAGACGGUCCCAGAAGACAGCUGGUUUGGGAAUGCUUCAGAUACUCGCUCCGAGUCCUCCUAUGGGGAUGUGCAGGAUGAACUUCGGGUGUCUCCUGAUGCGCCCCAGCAGGAUCAGGAGACCUCCGCCGAGAGCUCCCUGGGCUGCCCCACUCCGGUGCACGGGAACUCUCUGGAGCUCUUGGGGCUGGACAGUGAGUCCUUCAAGACAGGGAGCUACGCUGCCAAGGACGCCCUGUCCUCUGUUGUGUCUUCUCUCUAUGGGGACGCCUCUCAGGCCCUUGGAAAGCCGUUGAGCAGCAAUCUCAGGCGUCUCCUCGAGGCAGGCUCCCUCAAGCUGGACACAGGUGACCUAGCAGCCAGAGGGAGAGGAGGGGACUCCCCUCCAGUAAACCUGGCCACCAGCUUGGCUCUCUCUCCCUCCUCCCAUCAUGCCCAGCAGUUAAGUGCCCUUGCCCGGAAACUGGUCAACACCGGCUCCACGGCUGUGUCCCCCGCUUCCACGGCACCUCCGAACAUCAAACAAGAGCCAUGUGACCCCUUCGCCCCCAGCACGAGCAGCAGCGGCAGCAGUGGCAGCAGCUGUGCCGGCAGCUUUGUCUGGGUGGGUGGACCAGAGAAGUGGCCACCCACCAGCUGCUCGGCCCCCAGCAGCAGCAGCCUCUCCCCGGACUCCGCCAUCCAAAAGCUGAAAGCGGCAGCCAAUGCCGUGCUCCAGGACAAGAGCGCUGUGGCAUCCUCCUCCUCCUCGUCCUCUUCCUCCUCCUCCUCCUCCUCCUCAGCCACAGCUGUGGGGUCCAGAAAUGAAGAUGCGGUGCGCUUUGAUGCCUUUGCCUCUCCUUUCAGCCCGCAGUCGGCUAGCUCCACCCUGGCAGCCCUGUCCAAGAAGGUGAGUGAGAGGGGUCUCUCUGGGGGCCAGACAGAGCACCAGGCCCCUGCCAGUUCCUUCCUCUCGCUGGUCUCCAUGACCUCCUCUGCGGCCCUGCUCAAGGAGGUGGCAGCUCGGGCGGCUGGGAGCCUGCUGGCUGACAAGAAGGAGCCACCACUGGUGCCAGGACCACUGGAGGAUGUCAAGCCCCUCCUAGACAAGAACCAGAAAAUGCCCACAUCCUCCCCGAGCCUGGAACUGCUGCUUCCAACCACUCCUAAAGGAAGGACUAAAGCGAGCAGUCAAGGAGCAUCUCCUGAGGAUGGGGGAAAGCCCUUUCAGUGCCCGGUGUGUGGCUUGGUCAUUAAGAGGAAAAGCUACUGGAAGAGACACAUGGUGAUUCACACAGGCCUGAAGAGUCACCAGUGCCCCCUCUGCCCCUUCCGAUGUGCUCGCAAAGACAAUCUCAAAUCGCACAUGAAGGUCCACCAGCACCAGGACCGAGGGGAGACCUUCCAGUGCGAGCUCUGUCCCUUCACCUCCUCCCGGCACUUCAGCCUCAAGCUGCACAUGCGCUGCCACCAGCACUUUCCUCGCACGGAGGUCAAGGUCAAGGAGGAGGUCACCACCGACACGGAGGGAGAAGGCUCUGUGCUGGGCGACGCCGCCGCUCUGGGGGACCUGAAGGGCGCAGGCCAGAACUCCCCCCAGCCGCAGGACGCCAGGCUGGGGGCAUCUCCUGCCGAGCCCCCCAAUCACAUGCACAUCAAGGAGGAGCCCCAGGAGAGGGACGUGUCCACGCUGUCGCCGUUCUCCCUCUGCAGGGAGCAGACAGCCGCCAGCGCCAAGCCUCUGGACCAGCCAGGGCUGAAACCCAGCCUCCCCUCUCCCGCCUCUCUCUUCAGCCCCGACAUCACCACCAAGACAGCCACCGACUUCCUCAUAAAGCUCUCAGCCGCAACUCAGAAGGAGAUGAUGAAGCCCCAGUUCUCCGUGAAGGAGGAACCCCAGGCAGCGGAGCCCCAGAGCCCACGGCUGCCGCAGACCCAGCCCAGCUACGUGUUCUGCCAGGACGGGCCUGCGGGGACGGCGGAGCGAGCCCUGAAGAGCAGCGAGGGCAGCCCUCUGGCCAAGAGCAGCCUACUCAGCCAGGACAUCAACGUGAAGGUGGCGUCGGAGCUGCUGAUGAAGCUAUCAGAAAACAACAAAGAAACGCACCUACAGAAGGCCACAGUGAAAGCAGAGCCCAUGGAGAUCGACACCCACGAUGACCUUCCAUCCUCUGCUCGCCUGCUAGGCUUCUGCACUUUACCAGGACGCGAGAAGAGCGAAGCACUACCCAGUAUUCCUGAGGCCUUGAUCCGCCCUCAGAAACCACUCUUUUCCCAGGACAUUUCGGUCAAAAUGGCCUCCGAACUCCUCUUCAAACUGUCAGAAAAAGUAAGCAAAGCUAACGAUCACAAAGACAACAGCAUGUUAAACAUGAACAGCCCUUUCCUUGAAGAUGGCUUCAGACAAUCACCCUUUGACACCUGCUCCAAGGAUGCUGUUCCCAACGAGGCUGGCUCUUCUGCACGAGCUUCAAUGCAAGACCCGGAGAAGCCAGGCCUGGAGCCAGGAAACGGGAUGCCUCAGUGGAGGCUGAACGAGCAGCUCUUGCCGUGUACUGUGUGUGGAAAGGUUUUUGGGAGACAGCAGACACUGUCUCGGCAUCUCUCCCUGCAUACUGAAGAGCGGAAGUACAAGUGUCACCUGUGUCCUUACGCAGCCAAGUGCCGUGCAAAUCUCAAUCAGCACCUCACCAUCCACUCCGUCAAGCUGGUGAGCACUGAUGCUGAGCAGAUCGUCAGUGCUGUGACUGCGGAAACCAGAGAACGCAAGAACUGCCCCUACUACUACAGCUGCCAUGUGUGUGGGUUUGAGACGGAGCUCAAUGCCCAGUUUGUCAGUCACAUGUCUCUUCACGUAGAUAAGGAGCAGUGGAUGUUCUCUAUCUGCUGCAGCACUUGUGAAUUUGUGUGCAGCGAGGAGACGGAGAUGAAGACGCAUGUAAAUACAGGCCAUGCAGGUUUCAACUCUAAAAGCCCUCUGAGUGAGACUAAGAGCACGUCCUCCUCGCUGUCAGCUCUCAGCGACUCGGUCAACGGCUCUGAGAGCAGCGACAUCGCCCAUAGCAACGAGGAGCUGAAGAGCCUGCUGGCCCCGCCCUCUUCUGUGGGCAGCCAGGCCAGCUCCGGCAGCCACUUGGGAUCUGGGGCAGAAGAGAAGUCAGAAAAGGGUUUUGAGUGCGUGUUCUGCAACUUUGUCUGCAAGACGAAAAUGAUGUACGAACGCCACCUGCAGAUCCACCUGAUCACGCGGAUGUUUGAGUGCGACGUCUGCCACAAGUUCAUGAAGACCCCCGAGCAGCUGCUGGAGCACAAGAAAUGCCACACAGUCCCCACUGGAGGGCUCAAGUGCCCUUUCUGCAUCUACUCCACCAACCGGCCCACGGCCAUGGAGUGCCACCUGAAAACGCACUACAAGAUGGAGUACAAGUGCCGCAUCUGCCAGGCGGUCAAGGCCAACCAGCUGGAGCUGGAGAUGCACAUCCGCGAGCACCGGCUGGGCAACCACUACAAGUGCGAGCAGUGCGGCUACCUGUCCAAGACCGCGAACAAGCUGAUCGAGCACGUCCGCGUGCACACGGGCGAGCGGCCCUUCCACUGCGACCAGUGCAGCUACAGCUGCAAGCGGAAGGACAACCUCAACCUGCACAAGAAGCUGAAGCACGCCCCCCGGCAGACCUUCAGCUGUGCCGAGUGCUCCUUCACCACCACGCACCCCUUCGUCUUCAGCCGCCACGUCAAGAAGCACCAGAAUGGGGAGCCGCCCGAUGAGGAGCCACACCGCCAGCUGCGGAAGGGCAAGGAGGCCUUCCUUGUGGGCAGCGCCGGCAGCGCCAGCAGCAGCAGCAGCGAGAGCAGCAGCAGCCCCCUGCUCACCAUGUCCGCCUCUCAGGCGCUGCAGUCCGUGGCGCUGUCCGUGACGGGCAAGCAACAGGAAGCCAAGCCGACCCUCCACUACCUUUCGGCCAAUGGCACGUCCUUUGCCUCCCGCUACGAGAAGUACAGGAACUGCGAUCUGGCUCACCUCAUCCCCCUCACCACCCUGUUCCCCCCGAGCCAGUUCGGGGGAGGCAGCACAUUCCACCCGCCUUCCUCCUCCUCCUUCUCCAGACUACAUCCCUCCUUCUCCCCCUCCUCCUGUUCCUCCCCCUCCCUGUCCCUGUCUCCCGACGCGCUCAAACACUCCUUCCUCGCCUACCUGGGACUGACCGAGAAGGCAAAGACGGUGUGAUGCUGCCUCGCUUCCCUCCCUUGACCGUUGCGGGAGCGAACUGUGCCGCCCGCUGCAAUAGGACCUGUCCGACCAAGUUACCAUAACGUGCUGGAUAUAAAAGUAGUCGAGGUAGAAAAUUCAAAGGCUGUAUGUGCUUAAUGCAUUUAUAUCAAAGCUGCUUUCUUUUCUGUUGUAAUUUAGUUUCUUUGCUUUUUUUUUUGUAAAGAGGAACCCACUGCACUACCUGAAACGUUUAUAAAAGACAAGAGAGAGGAAGAAGUGCUGCACACGUCCUACUAGAGAUUGCUUUUCUCAAAGCUUUAGGAAGCAUGCUUUUCUGUCCUGACUUCACAGGUGUUAGUUUGGUCUUGCACCAGGGACGCUGAACACCACAGCAUCGCCAGUAGCCUGUAUUUGUCCGUGUCCCUCUGGCUGUUUGAAGGCAACGUUGUCGUGGGUUUUUGAACCGUCUACCAGAGCAGACCCGGAUUUAUUGUGAAUGUCUUCUUUCAAAGGACAGCAACUAUUUUUGAUUCCCAUUGCCUUCUUUUACCUGAGAAAGCACUCUUUGAGAUAUACACCUCAUUUCCACUGCAAGUGGCGACAGCAGGUACAACAUAGGUGUUUCAAAUCAUUUACGAAGAUCUACGUCCAGUCAAAGUUGAAUAUAAUAAUAUCAUUAAGAAAUCAUGAAAUUAAUUUGGAAUUUAAGUGGAAUUACAGAAGAUGGUCUGAAUAAAUUAUGUAUCAGCUGGUUCAGUCUGGGUAGCUGUGUAUUUUUUAAUGACUUUUUUUAGCCAGAAAUACUCCCAUUACUUUUUUAUUUUGUAUUUAGAAAAGCUGAAGAAAUUAAGAAUUGCAAAUACUCAAACAUGAGCGCCUGUAAAUUUGUACUAUAGCUGUAAAAUGUGAUGUAUCUGAAUACCGAGAAGUGAAAACAUUUUCACUCAGUGUUUUACAACCACGUGCAAUUUCCUUCCAAAUGUGCUCUGUCUCCUGCUUUCUGGAUAAAAGGUCAUUUGGAGGAUGACAGAUAACAGCUAUUUAGUCCUUAAACUCAGUUUUAUUGUAGAGUUUAACACAUAAUGGUUGAUUUGUUUAAUGACCAUGGCCUUUACCUCCUAUCUAAUGCUGUUUCCAGGUGCCCAUGUUCAGUUUUUUGUAUUAUAAAAGCUGUUCCAAAAGGACUUUGUUGAAUGUAAAUGUAGACGUGACACAAAGAUAGGUAUAAAGUUCCAAGAUUGGUUAAGAUUUAAUGUAAACAACAGAGUAUUUGGUGGCCUUUUGUGUUAGUGUUUAAUACUUGUUUUUAUUAUCAUUUUAUUAUCAGAGAUCCUGUCAUGACAUGAUAUAAAUCACACCUUGAAAAAGGCUUAUGUGUGUAGUGAGAAAGUCACCAUUCAUUUUCUAUGAUGUAUCAUCUCUCUUUUCUUUGUACAUUUGCCAUGGAGACAUUAUAUCCUCUUGAGCUUUUCUCCUUUUUAUUUUUAAAAACAUAAUUGCACUUAAUAGCUUCGAAAUUAAAAUAAAAUGCACUUAAUAUUCCCUUUACAUACUGUAUAAAGAUACAAGAACCAGGGUUUAUUGUACAGUAGAACUGAUUUUGCCUGUAAGGUAGUCCUGUAAAGAAACACUCUCAUUCAUAUAUACUAUGUUAUUUUUUUUGUAUUAUAAAAAAGUUUUUUUUUAGAUGCACAUUUCUGGUGGUGCAGUGGUUUCCAUGUGUUAAACCCUCUAAGGAAUGGAGAAAUACAAUGUUAUGUACAGAAAGUCCUCUCUUCUUUGGUUAUUUGAUAAAUAGAUGUUAGAGGUCAAACUCCUGGGCAAAGGUGCUCAGGCUAAAUGAAAAAAGGCAGUUUUGCACAGUGCUUUAGUCUUGCACUAUUUUAUAUUUGUCAUUUAGAAAAACAAAGUAUACCUGGCUGAGAUUUGGCAUUAUCUCUGUAUACAAAAAGGAAAGAGGCAAAACUCAAUGAUUUACCCUCAUAGGUGAGAGGAAGUUCCUACCUAUGGCACUCAUGUUUCCUAAGUGGUCUUUAAGCCAAAACGAUUUACUGUUUGCAAAGGGAUUUUGAAUUCGCACCAGUUUUUUGUGUCUUGUUUUUUUAUUAUUUUGUUUUUGUAAUGGAAAACAAAGCUAACUUUUAAAAAGGCAGGUUUUAAAGACCAAAAGAAAAUUGAAAAAAAAAUUGGGCUGCGCGCUGAGGAAUGAGUUUGUUUGGUUCUGGAAGCAGGGGGAAGGCAGUGUGCCUUUGCUCCCCCUGCAAUUUUGCUAUGUGUAUGUACAGCAUGCAGUCCUGGUGCUACAUUAUUUCAAUAUGGGGUGCUCUUGAACAGUCAAGUUAAGAACUCCCUUCAAAUUUACAUUAUCUUUUAUACUCUAGUGCCACUUGGUGGAAGGGAACAGUCUGAGAUAGCUGAGAAUGAGUAAAACUGAUUUUCAGUGUCAACUCUGAAAAAACGUGUCUGCUGACACUUUUUGUCUGCCUUUGAAUUUAUCUAAAAUGGCUGCACUUUCAUGCAGUGUUCAAUGGAAAAAACUGACAGUGAUCAGGCUGUCCUUUCUAUACCAGUAUUUCUAAGCACUUGUUUCAGCUAUUAUUUGGCUAUGUGUAAGCAGCACAGUGAUUUAAAGUUAUUGCGUGACUACCUUUAGCACUUGGGAAGAUGCAUGAUAUUGCAAACUCUAGUUCUUAGCACUUACUUUUGUUUCUUAAAAACAAACUUUUUUUGGAUUCCAUUUAAUCAUGCUGUUAUUUCUCUGCACUCUUUUCUGUUUUGCUUUAAGUUUGCUGUAUUUACUUCUCAAAGAAGCUCAAUAAUACUUUAGUAUUUUCUUUCGGCACAGUAAAAUGUUAUGUACUGUAUAAAGCUUUUUUAUUACUUCAUCUUUAAGGCUGUACAGGGUUGUUUGUGACAAUAACUGGUAAUUAGUUCAUUUUGUAUUUUUUUGUUCUGUUUGGGUUUUUUUUUUUGCAUUAUUUUAUGUUCAAUUGCCAGUUCUCAUUGUAACAGGAUUUGGAAGUAAAGCUUACUCCAGA